AUGCUCCAAAUUAUCGCCAAAUGCCUCCCCCUCGAAGAGGCAAUUACAAUCCCUCCCGUCCUAUAUUUGAGAAGAAGCCUGCUAGAAUUUUUCACUCCGCUUAUUGAAAGCCGAACAAAGUUGUUUGAGCGAUUAACUGCGGCAGGAUAUAUUCAUCCAGUGGGUCCCAAGCCGGUUAACACUACCUCAAAGUUUUACAGACCUUAUCAGAGGUGCGCGUAUCACUCCAACAGUGUUGGACAUGAUACCGAGGACUGUGUCAACCUGAAACAUAAGAUCCAAGACCUGAUUGACCAGAAUGUGGUCUCCCUUCAGACAGUAGCGCCCAAUGUCAAUAGAUAUAUUCAUCCAGUGGGUCCCAAGCCGGUCGACACUAGCUCAAGGUUUUACAGACCCGAUCAGAGGUGUGCGUGUCACUCCAACAGUGUUGGACAUGAUACCGAGGACUGUGUCAACCUGAAACAUAAGAUCCAAGACCUGAUUGACCAGAAUGUGGUCUCUCUUCAGACAGUUGCACCCAAUGCAAUAGUUUCGAUUGCCCCUGAUGAACUGGAAAGUGUUGUAGCUUCGUUGAGCAUCAGAGAGAAGAAAGAGUUUGUGAUUCUGACACCUGAGAAGGCUGUUGCCUUGGUGCCGCGAGAAACUCUUACCCAACCAAAGUUUGUGAUUGAAACGGCUGUUACCCAGGGUAUGACCAGAUCUGGCAGGUGCUGCACGCCGGAAGAGUUAGCUCAAGGAGGGCAGAAGAAGGACCAAACAAAAAGGACGAUCAGUAAAGCCGAGGCCGAGGAGUUCUGGAGAAAAAUGCAGCCGAAAGAUUAUUCGAUUGUGAAGCAUUUGGAGAAGAAGCCGGCUCAGAUCUUUGUGUGGGCCUUAUUGAUGAGUUCGCAGUUACAUAGGCAGUUUCUACUGACGGUUUUGGAUGAUACUUAUGUGCCUGUGGGUACCAACAGUGACAAUUUAGUAGCCAUGAUAAAUCGGGUCAUCCGAGGACAUCGAAUUAGUUUUUGUGACGAAGAGCUGCCCUUUGAAGGGAGGAUGCACAAUAAAGCUCUGCACGUCACCAUCAAAUGCUGGGAUAAAGUUAUAGAUCGUGUUUUGGUCGACGAUGGGUCCGGACUCAACAUCUGCCCACUUUCGACUCUCAUGCAACUGAAAUUCGACUUGGGAAAGGUUCAACAAAACCAGGUCAAUGUGAGAGCUCUUGAUGGAGUGCAGAGAGACACAAUAGGGGCAGUAAACUGGGAUAUUCAGAUGGGGCCUGCAGAAUUCAAUGUGGAGUUUCAGGUGUUGGACAUCAAUACCAGCUACAAUUUGCUUCUUGAAAGACCGGUGCGACAUCAGGAAUUGGUCAUUCAUGGUGAGGGGAGUCACUCUGAUGGGUAUGCGCUGAUCGUCCACGAGGUUUCCCGAGGUUGUGAUUUCUACACGGUGGAGCUGGUAAAUGUCACCGGUGAUGAUUUGGCUCCACAACAUCUUAUGCCUGUCGUGUACAAGAUGAUUGCUACCAUCAUUCUCCAGAAUGGUUUCAAACCAGGUUUCGGGUUGGGAAAGCAUUUCCAAGGAAUUGUCGAGCCUAUUCAAGUUCCCGCUAGAGGAGUAAAGUUUGGUUUGGGAUAUGUCCCCACAGAUGCUGACAAAGCAGAGAUGAAGAACAAGAGUCACGCCGACGAUGGUGGUCUCGGGGAAGGAAUCUGGGGCCUUUUUGAGGAUAUUGAUGCGGUCAUCGAGGAAGAGGCUGGGACAUCAGGCAUCCGUGAUGCAGAACCUGAUGAGCAAAUGCAGAACUGGACCUCCACACCACUCCUGAUUUCCCGCUCAUCUGGGAUGGACCCGUUGAAGAAUAUUUUCCAGAAAGCAAUGCUGACCGGGAAGUUGACUAAAUGGCAAAUGUUUUUGAAUGAGUUUGACAUUGUGUAUGUGACUCAGAAGGCGAUAAAGGCACAAGUCUUGGCUGGUCAUCUUGCAGAGAAUCCAGUUGAUGAAGAGUAUGAACCGCUCAAGACUUAUUUUCCAGAUGAAGAAAUAACAUUUGUGGGUGAGGAUAUUUCUGAGGCGUACCCUGGUUGGAGAGUGUUCUUUGAUGGAGCAGCGAAUCAUCAAGGGAAAUGA